AUGAUACCGGACCCAGGUGGAGGAGAAGAGGAGGGUGCAGUAGAUGCUACGCAAGUCCGUUUUCACAGUGCCGGCUCUCACCUCGCUGUGGAGCACACGAUGGACACCGUCGACAACGACGGUCGAACUGUCGUGACUGGAAUCACUCUCGGUCGUAAGUCACCUUGAUAUCGUGCAUACAUCAGUUUGCGUUUUUGCAUAAACUAUCACUGAAUCACAUAGGCGUUAAUUUUUUAGAUUCAAACGCGUGAGAAAACAUUUCAGUUUUAUAUCCCGCGUCUUGACGCCCAGUUUCAUUUUUGAAAAAAACGUCUGUUAGCCUACAGUGGGAGAUGGUUGAGGCACGUUAGCCAAUCUGAUUGCAGUACGGAAUAAGCAUCUCCGAUGACUUCUGGGAGUUUCGCCAUAGGGCAGGUGUGUUUGAAGCUCUAUUAUCAAACAGUUCGGGAUCAACACCGGGGUUAAUUAAACGGUUAGAUGGUAGUUGGUAGCCCUUCCGGCACCGAAAACCCCCAGCUACCUGACUUACGGUACCGGUGGUAAUAGGGGCUAUACGGGUGGGGCAAAUGAGUGGAGGCGUAAAUGGCGCUUGUAGAAUCAGUGGGCAGGUCUACCAACUACCAUCCUGCCAAAUAAACUUGUGGCUGGGGGAUGGGGACAACAGACAAUAGGUCAUAGGACAGUACUCACCAUCCAAAUCAGACUUGUGUACGUCGGUGUUCCUCCAAUAUUACGUUUGUUAUAAUGGACGUUAUGGCCUAAAAACUAGCAGCCAUAUCAGAAAUGGGCUCUGACGGGCCUGGUGACCAAAAGCGUUCCUCUGCCGUAUAAAUGUCAGCAGUGAUGUGGAAAUACUUAAUGUCAUAAAUCCAUUUUAUAACGUCUCCACGACAAUCACCAGUUAGAAAAAACCUUGCUUGACCUUACUUAGAGUUAUAGUUUUUUUUUCAAAAACGGUAACAGUGAAAGUUAUCGUCUGCGUAACGCGCUUAGCGGUUGUCGGUCCACAGUUCUUUCAGCAAACGUUGGAGGAAGUUGAACUGAACAGUGACCAGCGUGGAAUGGGAAGCCAGCCCAUCGGAACAGAUUCAGGCAAUAUGCCGAAAAAAAAACCUCUCCCAGUACGGAUGAUCUUGUGCUUAGCCCCUAACUACAUUUCCAUGGGUAGGUUCCCCAUUAUCAAGACGUUUAAUACAAAAAAUAUGAGCAAACGUUCAGAUAACUUUUCGGUUUUGACCUGAUCCAAUUUUGGUUUUUCUACUGCUUCAGCCUUUUGGCGGAUUUCUGAUGUGUUUGGCAGCUGCCUGAGUUAUAGAUCACCGUCUCGAGCGGGAGCCGAUCGAGUCUCUGCGAAGGUUGUGCGGUCUGGUAGCUAAUUUGUCGGCAUGUUGGGUGAGCCCAUUGUUAAGCAGUGUCCUAUUAUUUGCAAAUUGUAUUUAUAGCCACCAGUGCGGUUUCGUAUCCCGUGUACCGUCAUCUUGACGCGUGGAUCAGGUGAGGCCCGUACUUACAGGCAGAUCACCAGAGGGAAGCCAAGCGUUUGUCCUAACCAUAACCGGGUAGGUACGCUAGAGGAUCAAUCUCAGCCUCUACCUAAGUAAUCAGCCGAUGUACGUACGGUUUUAAAUCGCUCACUUUGUAAAUGACCCCCGAAGGACUCAUUGACUGUCCGUGGUAUCAUCCUCUCCUAAGCAACUUACAUACUCACACUGAGAUUUGCUUUUUCGAAGACUGCAUGAAGCAAAAUCAGGAUGAAACAAUUGUCCAAAGCGUUUUCAGAAUUUCAAAAACUGAACUUCAGUUACUAAUUUUAUAUGUCAUUAUUGCGAGUGUUCAACGGGCUUUCGGACGUCCAGUUGCGCACGUCCGGGCUGAACAGAGUAGGCAGAGUCCUUCUUUACAUAAAACUGUACUCCUUAUCUAGCAAGCCGUCAGCCAGUACCGGUAAUUUAACAUGUCCUGUAACAGUGGAAGGUAAAUUUCAACAGCCAAUGAAAAGGAACUUUUAUCAGCGGGACAUGGACAUAACGCAUCAUAUGUUAUGGGCUGGUACACAACUCCAUCCUAGGGGGACAGCAUUUUAAACCCAAUUUAGCUUUUCAGUAGUCAAUUUGGAAAGGGAGUCGCAAACUGGAACAGUGAUGAGGCAGUUCGAUUGGUUUUUCAUGGUUUCUUUUGCGUCAAUCACUACCUGGACGAUUAUUUUUGUGUCCGAAAAAAUUGAAUGAUCGCACACGUCAGAUAACCGGUCGCCUGCCUGCACUGUCCGUCUGUAUUUAUGUAGCCACCCUACUACAGCCUUCGUCGGUGCAGCCUCCGUGGGGCGUGGUGCAUUUUCUGAAAUGAUAAUGAUAGAAAGGAAGGACUGUUGAUUAAACCCUAGUUACUUGUGAUUUUGCAUGCUUCUACUGCACACGUAUCACCUCUGAUUAAGGAGCAACACUGAGGUUUGGACCUGCAAAAACACUCCUUAUCGCCCCUGAAAAUAGCUGAUGCAGGCGAAGGAAUUUCACAUCUUCGGUCGGUUCCUCACCUCAAUGCCCAGCAUGAAAUCCCCGAAUCAUGAAACGGUUACCGCAGGUACUGUGCCGCACCUGUUCACAUAAAUGUCAGGCUACUUUAGCUCAUUCUUCCUCGGCGACACGGCCGUUCUGAAGUUCUUCGAAGGUAGACUGGACGCAACUCCACAAGUGCGCCCUGGGUGAGGAUGCGUAUCAUCUUAGUAUAACUCAGCCAUACAGCAGCUGUUCUACCUCAUGAAAUGUUAGUCGAAAUUCUGAAAUGCGUUUCUGUUUCAGGAAGACUACUUAAGUAGGAUACAAAAAGUGAUCAUCAUUCAGCAUAAUUCUAUAAUGCAUCAGUGACCACAAGAUGCCAGCUUUCGAACGGACAUCUUUUCGGCUGAAUGCGAAAAACCACUCUGCAAAGACCACUACAUAGUAAGCAUGACUUUUUCUCAUUGAUUUUAGAUGCCCUUAGAAAUUUAAUUAAAUUUCCUGUAAAGUAUUCGUAAAAAUAUUCAUUCUCUUGCUCAUUCGGUAGAAAACGACGACUUCUUCCAAUUUUGCACUCGAAAGAAGGGCAUAAUUCGGUUUCAAACCCUUCAAUUCCCGAAUAAUUUUGAACCCGGCCUGCCGCAUAUUUUCCGCGUACGGAAAACCAUACAUUUCUCUAUAGUAUUAAAAGGAAAUUAUGUGUGGUUGAUACACUUUAGCAGUGGAUUCAAGCUAAAUUGUAAACUUUACAAACAAUGUUAGUAAAUGCAGCGACACGAUGUUUUAUAAAAUGGGCAUUUUGCGAAACAGAAAUCUCAUGGUAAAAACGUUUUAAAACGGAAUUAUACGCUUCCUUCACGUAUAAAAUUGGAAGAAGACGUAGGUUGUUACCAAAUAGGCAAAAAAUGAAUGUAUUUAUGUAUGUUUUACCUGAAAUAUAGUAAAAUUUCUAGUGGCAUCGAAAACCCCUGAGCAAAAUGCACGCUAUUUAAGCAGUCAUUUUUUGCAUAGUGUGGUUUUUGCAUUCGGCCGGAAAGAUGUUCUUUCGAAAGCCAGCAUCCCGAGGUAUCUCAGUUAUUAUAGACUGAAGUUGCAUGAUGAUUGCUUAUUAAACCUCAUUGAAGUAAUCUUUUCAAAGCGAAAAUUCAUUUCAGAGUUUUGGUUAACACUGAACUCGUGUUUUAAUUUUGCCGCGAGAUGACGCUCUCAGGAGUGUACAUAAGUGGGCCCGCUUACUCUAACAAAACCACCUACACAUCAGCAUGACAAACGGCGGAAGCCAUCGGAGUUCCCUUCAUAUGCUUGUAGGUUUCACCACUCAAUGAGGGCGUCCAGUCUUGGUGGCGAGCGGCGUGCAUUUCUGGCCUACGAUUCAGAGACUGAUUCGGUCAUGGAACCGAGUAAAUACGAUAUGAACAGCUCCGCAGUCGAACCUGUCAAAAGCUUUGUCUCAUCAAACGCCGUUUCGUCUAUCCAGCGUCUGAAUGAAAUGUUCCUGUAUUUAAACUGUCGCCAACCAAAGUCUCCUCCUAGUCUCCUUCCCCUCUUGCCCCUUCCAUCCCCUCCCAAAUCCUGGAACCACUCUUUUCAUCGACCAUAAUUAGGCCGAAAUACUCCGGCUGAAACCUGCCAAAUCGCCUGGCCCAGAUAGAAUUCGCGCGCUAACACUACGUAACCUUGCUGAUGAACUUUGUAAACCACUGUCUGCAAUAUUUCAAAAGUCGUUUGAAGAAGGCGAGCUCCCGGAAGAAUAGAAGUGUGCACACAUCACUCCGAUCCAAAAAGGAGGCUCAGGACUUGACUGUGGAAAUUAUCGUCCCGUCAGUCUUACUUACAUCGUGUGCAAAAUAAUGGAACUCAUUAUCAAAUGACCCUUGAUGCGAUACCUGGAAAAAAACAAAAUAUUGUUUGAUGUCCAACAUGGCUUUCGUCAAGUACGCUCCUGCAUAAUGAGUGUUCUAUACUCGCACAAGAAAUCGACAAGGGCUACUGAUAAGGGUUAUCCGGUAGAUGUCAUAUUUUUGAUUUCAAGAAGGCCAUUGAUAGUGUCCCACACAGGCCUCUUUUACGGAAGAUCUGCGAUUUAGGAAUUCAAGGAAAAGGAUAAGGAGUUUUCUAUCCUCCAGAGUUGGUAACUCUACCUCGGAAUGGGUAAAAGUGGAAAGUGAUGUCUCACAGUGGUCUGUUUUAAGCCCAGUCCUGUUUCUGAUUUAUGUUAGUGAUUGCGUCGGCGAAAUGGAUUGCGAGGCCUUCAUUUUCGCGGAUGACAUAAAAUAUGGAAUGACUUCAAGUGCGAUGAUGACGCAAAGAAUUUGCAGUCGAAUAUCGACAAGCUGAGUGUUCGGUCGAACAGAUGGGUUUUGAAGUUUAAGGUGUCUAAAUGCGUGGUAUUGCACCCAAACACCGAUCGAAAUGCCUCUCCCAAACAUCAUUAAUUUGUUAUCGGGAGGGGCAUUAAAAACUGCAGAAAGACACAGAGAUCUGGGUGUAUGGACAACUACGAAUCUACUGCUAUCAGAACAGUGUAAAAAUAUGGCCCAGAAGGCAACUAGUACUUUACACCGGAUAAGACGUGCAUUUAAAAUAUUCCCUCCUGAACUCUUCGAAAGACGUUUGGGCGUCCUUGUAAAACCUUAUCUAGGAUAUGGAAUGUCAGCAGCUUCGCCAUGGAUGAGGGAACAUAUUGACUUACUCGAACAGGUGCAACGCAGAGCAACGAAGAUGGUCGAUGGUUUUAAGACAUUUGUUUUACUAAAAGAGGCUGAAUGUGCUUGGCCUACCCCCCUCUCUUACAGGCAGCUAAACUUCAGUCUGCCCUGGACAUUCCGGAUUGUCCGUGGCCGAGAUUGCUCAUUAAGAACGAAGAACAUUUUUGACUUUGUCCGUACUAACCAAUAACGCGAUCAAACUUACAAAGUCAAGAGUGAAAGCACGUAUCUAGAACGUAAGAAAAUUUAUUCAGCCAGAAGUUUUUCCGACCAUGGGACUUGCUCAUAAGUGAGAUUGUGACGACCGCCACAGUUCGCAUGUUUAAGAGAAAACUUGCUUGUUUGAUUUUCGACAGAAACCGACUUUUGCAAUAUAAAUACUAACAGUCAGCUUUGUAAAACACUUUGUCCUAAACCAUUUCUCCCCACUGACUUACAUUGAAAAGAUGCACUUUCUUUUCAUUACGACUGUACUGGCAUCUGAUCACAUUGCAAAUUUUCACAACCUUAUUUUGAUUGUGAAUCUGCGAAAGCAUUGUGGAUAAAUAGGGUCAUGAAGGGCUCUGCCUCUAACCCCUCAAAUACAUACACACAAACUUCGGUCACUUUGACGGAAUUUUGUGAAGCCGUAAGAAAUAUUUAAUCAGUUCCAGUUAAAAAGUCCAAGCAGGAAUAGAAGCGAAUUUCCUCCAUUUUCCCAUAAAGUGCUGCUUACUCACUAUUCACACACCAAUAAUGCUUCUCGGUGUUGACGGGUUUCCAAUUAACUGUAUUUUAUUGUCUGGUCCACCCGUUCUGAAUUACUGAAUUCAAUGAUGCACGCUAGAAUGGUAGUAUUUCUUUUAGCAAAGUCAAAUUUAAGUAUUUGCUUUCCAGUGAGUUCAAGCGUCGCUUAAGGGACCAGUGGCUUCUUUCUUGCACGCCUGGAAAGUCCAACUGUGACCGUUAACUGACCAGAUUCCACUCAAUCCCAGGUCCAUGAAUCCAGUGAGGUUAAUUAACAAAACUUUAAAUUUUUUAAUAGUAGUCCCAUUGAUCAAUUAGUUCAUUUAACUCUGCCUCAAACAUUUCCAUUGGUGGCAUGACUUGAGCGUAGACGAAAGGGUCGUUUACUUAGCUUCGAAUAUCAGAAAGAGUAGAUUAAUUUGUUUGACUAUCUUGUCAAACUUUUCGUCUAGGUGCGAAGCGAUCGUGUAGUUUUUUCAAUCCGAUGUUUAAAAAAUUGAAUGAAUAUUUCUUUCAGAAAUGCGUUAAAAAAUAAAUUUGAAACGAUUUAAAUUUAAGUUGGUUUACGUAAUGUACAAACACUCCGCAUGAAAAUUAUCUUAUCCCUAGAUUUCUUUAUUAAUUACUUUGGCCAGUCGUUGAGUCAUUUGCUUCUUAUCAUAAGAACCAGAGCUCUCUUAAACUGUGGUAAUGUUUCUGGUAAUUAAGAAAAUGAAAACGUUUUCUGGAAUUCAAAUUUUUCCGUCUACAGCUGCAAAUUAGGUGCCUUGGCACUGUACUUCCCUCAAUAAUUCAUUCAUUCAAACGGAGACGCAUUUAUGAUCACCUAAGAUCCUAUAGGCUAGUCGGUCUUCCCUCAUUGCCUGUAAUUUGUAGGGACUUAGACAGCAGUCUUGUAUCAGGGAAGAAAAAAGCGAAGAAGCAAAUGCGUCUGAUAAUCACGUUGCUCUAGGAAAUUCUUAAGCUCUAAACUUGCAUAAGACUUGUUUAAACCUAAAACUAUCCGAUCCUUAGACAGGAUGGUAUUACCGACUGAAAUGACUAUUUCUGGCUUAUUAGUCGUUGUCAGCCAACCACACCCAAGCCCGAGUUGUGCAACACAUAAGGCUCGAUCCUGCGACCUGCUAGUUUGGAGUGCAAAGCCUCUAACCACUGGGCCACGGGGCCGUUGCCCCGUCGGUGUCGAUCGGGAAUAUACAAUGGUAGAGGAGCGCUCACCGAUCGUUCUCACGGAACUCACUCGUUCCGUUGUGCCUUAAGGGCUCUCUCUCCAGCCCAACCAGCAGCCGCACAGAGGCGCAUGAUAUAUGGGCAGAAUGGCAUUACCGACAAAGACAAGGGAGACUGGAAUGGCCAUUUCUGGUUUAUUAGCCGUGGUUAGAGGUGUGGACCUCUAACUAACAGGUCGCGAGUUCGAGGGUCGGAUGUUCCACACUUCGGGCUUGGGUAUGACUGGCCAGCGACAGCUAAUAAGAGAGAAAUGUCCAUUCCAGUCUACAUUGCCUUUGUCGGUAAUGCUAUUCUGCCUAUAUCAUGCUCCGCUGUACGGCUGCUGGUUGGGCUGGAGAGAGAGCCCUUAAGGCACAACGGAACGAGUGAGCUCCGUAGCUCUAACACUAUGCGUUUCAUUGACAGAACGAGUUAAAGAGAGCCAUGCAAUCUGGUUGGUCACACGCAGGUCGUCGUGAAUCAGAGUCGGGAGGAAGCUGAGGGACCGCGUGAUCUCCCUUUCCAGGCAAUAUUACUUUUAUGAUACAGUGAGCUUAAACUGGAAUAAAGGCAGGAAUUUGGAAAAACGUAAAAUUCUGUACAUUUGAGGAAACAAGUAAACAACCUGAGUAUGUAGGUACGACUAGUCAGAAGGAGAUUACAUCGUCAUAUAGGGGCUGUUUCGACUUUUUGGGCGAAAUUGGCGAAAAAAGAGCUCAAACAUCGAACUCGGGCGUGUGUAUUCUGUUUCCCAGACGGCAUCAGCGGCAAGCAAAUUGUAAACUAGAUGCUGUAGCAGUUUAGAUGAAAGCGACUACCAGAACACUGCAAAAGCUCUCUGCGCAAAGUUUAAGAAUUCAAGGGGAAAUCAAGUCGAGCCGAUUUUGCGGCCGAGCACAGGAUAGUGGGAAACGCUAGCGCACUGGGAGCGCGUUCCGCCUAUAGGAGUCAAAUUACUGACAGUCGGGUCUGACGUCGCCCUUCCCGAAUGCAAAGCCCUAUUUGCCAAGUUCUUUGUUGCUGUCUUCCGUGGGAACUUAUUUUCCUUUGAACGCGAGCUCUUUUAACUUUGAAGUGCCUCUCAAGAGUAAUUCGAUCAUCAAUAAACAUAUCACUUUGUGAAACGUGCUUCUAUGUGCUGAGUGGGUGGACUCUGUGUAGUUUCACCGUCUGAUGAGAUGUUAACCUUGCCGGACGGAAAUCGGCACGGCUUGAUCGGCACAUAUUUAGCCUUUUUUCGUAUAGAUUAACAAUUUUUCGCGGCGUAGUGACCACGUAGUUUGGUUUUCAAGAGAAAGGUAUUCCGACACGCACAUAAAUCAUAUGCGGCGAUUAAUUUUCGUCUUCAAAAUUAAGUGGUGAACAACUGACUGCUUUAAAAUUACCAGCCUGAAAGAGAUUUUGCUCCUAAAAAUGCUUGACUUGGAGCUAUGACUUAAACUGAAUGUUCCUCCCUGGGCUUUUUUCCUAUAAGUACAUCGUUCCAACUGUCAGGAGGUUUAUCGGAGUGUCAUUCUUUUCCAGGAUGACAGAAACUAGGGAUCUGCCUACCUCGUUGUCCUUCUCCACACUAGUAUUCCUUUACAUCAUUUUCUGAAGCUGGUAGUAAAACAAUUCACGUUUUAAGCCAAUCAAACUGCGAGAGUUUACAGAAAAGCAUGUAAGGCCUGCCCAAGGGAAAUCGUCUGUCCAAUUAAUUUUAACUCACUUCAGUCCUCCUUCUGUUUCAGAUCAACGUUCCGAGAGAGAGAGAGGGGGGGGGGGAUGCGGAAAUCAGGAUUUACAACAAGAAGCAGUGGAGUUAUCGAUGGUACGUAAACCGGCCUAAAGAAAUUUCUGUGGGCUAAACAUACUCGAAAAUAAACCGAAAUUUAAGAAACUGUCUACUUUCAGAGUGUGGAGGAGGCAAGAUAAACAGUUAAAAAAACGCGAGGUUGAACCCAGCAGAAACCCCUCCACUUUACCCAAAGAAAACCUCGGCAAAAUUUAUUGGCGGAGGUGUUAAGCAUAAAUAAUCAACUUCAAGAUUGUUUUAAAAGUCAUAAUAGCAAACAUACUUCAUUUUCGAGUGGCAUCUUUGACGUGUUCCACAGCAAAUGUUACUUAAGCCCUUCCAUUCUUUUACAACAGCCUUGAGCAAAUUAAGAUGACAAAUGAUCACCCUGUGAGGCGUCGGUUUCGCCAGGGCGCCCUUCCACCGGAAGAUGGAAGAACAAGGCGUAUAAUAUACCCAUAAGCCAAGCUAAGGGUUUUGCCCUCGCUAAAGGGAAAAUGUCUUUUUGUGAAAAUAUACCCAGCAUAUGACUAAAAAAACAGCCGCCCAGCUGUUUAACGCGAGGCGGGUGUUUGGUGGCGGAAAGAUCCAAAGACAAGGAGGGAUUUCGACAAUUUUUCACAAAUGUCAACUAGACCCAUUUUUUUCAUGGUUGCCGGCAGAAACGUCCGACUAGUUCGGAGCUUCCAGCUGCUCAGACCUGCUGCUAAACGGUUUGCAGGGGGACGAGGAGGACGAGAAGGAGGAGGAGGAGGAGGAGGAGGAGGAGGAGGAGGAGGAGGGGAAGGAGGAGGAGAGGGUAGCGCAAAUCAUCAGGGGUCGCACCCUGCAGAUCAAACGCGGCAGUACGCCAUUUGGCUCAUUUUAA